CGGUUCGGCGGCGAGCUGAGGAUGGCCCAGCAGCAGGCACUGCGGUUCCGCGGCCCGGCGCCGCCCCCGAACGCGGUGCUGCGCGGCCCCCCCCCGCUGAUGCGGCCUCCGCCGCCCUUCGGGAUGAUGCGGGGCCCCCCGCCGCCGCCGCGCCCCCCCUUCGGGCGCCCUCCCUUCGACCCCAACAUGCCUCCGAUGCCGCCCCCGGGAGGGAUCCCGCCGCCGAUGGGACCUCCGCAUCUGCAGAGACCACCAUUUAUGCCUCCUCCCAUGGGCAGCAUGCCCCCACCUCCCGGAAUGAUGUUCCCUCCGGGGAUGCCGCCUGUCACUGCCCCUGGGACGCCAGCGAUGCCCCCAGCUGAGGAGAUAUGGGUGGAGAACAAAACUCCAGACGGCAAGGUCUAUUUCUACAACGCACGCACGCGUGAGUCAGCGUGGACUAAACCGGACGGGGUGAAAGUCAUCCAGCAGUCGGAGCUGACGCCAAUGCUGGCAGCCCAGGCCCAGGUCGGUGCCUCCACACCAACAACCAGCAGUGCAGCGUCGCCGUCGACCUCCUCGAGCACUCAGUCCUCCACAACCUCUACCACAACCACGGCCACGUCGGUUUCACAGACAAAUUCCACACCUACUACACAAGACCAGACCCCAAGUUCGGGUGUUUCAGUUGCCACACCAUCAGUCAGUGUUUCAACCUCUGCUCCUUCUGCUACACCUGUGCAGACUGUACCCCAGCCAGUCCCACAGACAUUGCCUCCUGCAGUUCCUCAUGCAGUACCUCAACCAACUGCAGCAAUUCCUGCUUUUCCACCAGUAAUGGUACCUCCAUUUCGUGUCCCCCUUCCUGGCAUGCCUAUUCCACUUCCAGGUGUAGCAAUGAUGCAAAUAGUCAGCUGCCCGUAUGUAAAGACAGUCGCUACCACCAAGACCGGUGUCUUGCCAGGAAUGGCGCCUCCCAUUGUUCCGAUGAUCCACCCUCAGGUCGCCAUUGCUGCUUCACCUGCCACUCUGGCCGGAGCAACUGCAGUCUCGGAGUGGACAGAGUACAAGACAGCGGAUGGAAAGACGUACUAUUACAACAACAGGACUUUGGAAUCAACGUGGGAAAAGCCCCAAGAACUGAAAGAAAAAGAAAAAAUGGAAGAGAAGAUUAAAGAGACAAUUAAAGAACCUACAGAGGAACCCUUACCAAUGGAGACGGAGGAAGAAGAGCCAAAAGAAGAACCUAUAAAAGAACUUAUAAAGGAGGAGCCAAAAGAGGAAGAAAUGACUGAAGAAGAAAAAGCAGCUCAGAAAGCCAAGCCAGUUGCAACCACCCCUAUUCCAGGAACCCCUUGGUGUGUGGUGUGGACCGGAGAUGAGCGUGUUUUCUUCUAUAACCCUACCACACGUCUUUCUAUGUGGGACAGACCAGAUGACCUCAUUGGAAGAGCUGAUGUAGACAAAAUUAUUCAAGAACCUCCUCACAAAAAAGGAAUGGAAGAAGGGAAAAAACUCAUAUUGAAAUCUCUUACAGUUAGAGAAGAGCAUGAAUCUAUAGAAGAAGCAAAUGAGGAUGAGCCAAUCAAAAUUAAAAAGCGCAAGAAGGAUGAUAACAAAGAUAUUGACUCAGAGAAGGAGGCUGCUAUGGAAGCUGAAAUUAAAGCUGCUCGAGAGAGAGCCAUCGUCCCUUUGGAGGCUCGGAUGAAACAAUUCAAGGACAUGCUUCUAGAAAGAGGGGUCUCUGCUUUUUCGACGUGGGAGAAAGAACUGCACAAGAUAGUUUUUGAUCCUCGUUAUUUACUGCUCAACCCUAAAGAAAGGAAACAGGUAUUUGAUCAGUAUGUGAAAACCCGGGCGGAAGAGGAGCGCAAGGAGAAGAAAAACAAAAUAAUGCAGGCCAAGGAGGAUUUCAAGAAAAUGAUGGAAGAAUCAAAGAUUAACCCGAGAACUACUUUUAGUGAAUUUGCAGCCAAGCAUGCUAAAGACUCGAGAUUCAAGGCAAUUGAAAAGAUGAAAGAUCGAGAGGCCUUGUUUAAUGAGUUUAUCGCAGCGGCAAGAAAGAAGGAAAAAGAAGAUUUGAAGACCAGGGGUGAGAAGAUCAAAAUGGACUUCUUUGAACUACUGGCUAACCACCACCUGGACAGUCAGUCUCGCUGGAGCAAAGUGAAGGACAAAGUAGAGACUGACCCUCGUUACAAAGCUGUGGAUAGCUCUUCACAGAGGGAAGACCUUUUCAAACAGUACAUUGAAAAAAUAGCUAAGAAUUUAGACUCUGAAAAGGAGAAGGAGCUGGAAAGACAAGCUCGCAUUGAGGCAAGUUUGCGUGAACGAGAAAGAGAAGUGCAGAAAGCUCGAUCAGAGCAAACCAAGGAGAUCGACAGAGAACGUGAGCAGCACAAACGGGAGGAAGCUAUACAGAACUUCAAAGCACUGCUGUCUGACAUGGUGCGUUCCUCAGAUGUGUCGUGGUCUGACACCAGAAGGACCCUGCGCAAAGAUCACCGCUGGGAGUCUGGCUCCUUGCUGGAAAGAGAAGAGAAAGAGAAGCUCUUCAAUGAGCACAUCGAAGCACUUACCAAAAAGAAGAGGGAACACUUUAGGCAACUUCUGGAUGAGACUUCAGCGAUAACUUUAACAUCGACGUGGAAAGAAGUAAAAAAAAUCAUUAAAGAAGAUCCGAGGUGCAUUAAAUUUUCUUCAAGUGACCGGAAGAAACAAAGGGAGUUUGAGGAGUACAUUAGAGACAAAUACAUUACUGCCAAAGCUGACUUCCGAACACUAUUGAAGGAGACCAAAUUUAUCACAUACAGAUCCAAAAAGCUGAUCCAGGAGUCAGACCAGCAUCUGAAGGAUGUGGAGAAGAUACUGCAGAACGACAAGCGCUACCUGGUGCUUGACUGCGUGCCGGAGGAGAGGCGCAAACUCAUCGUGUCCUACGUGGAUGACCUGGACCGCCGAGGUCCGCCCCCACCGCCCACAGCCUCGGAGCCGACGAGACGGACGACGAAGUAGAGCUGAGUUCACUUAAGGCAAGAGUAUCUGCUAAAUCAAAAAGCUUGCAUGAGCCAUCUGUCAGGUUUAUACAUAUACAUUACCGUGAAUAUAUUGCAAAACCAUCUUAGGAACAGAGGAGAAAGCAGUGUUUGUGAGCAUAAAGUGGUCUCUGUAUGAAAAUAGAAGAUGUAUAUAAAAAGAGGAAGAAAAAAGAACGUGGCAGUUAUUUAUGAGUGUCUGUAGGGCGGGAUGGUGGGCCCAGCUGUGCAGGCUGUGUCAGGGCCGUGUCCCGCAGCGGCGGCGCAGGAGGAGUGGUGCUGUGCAGCUCCCAGAGCUGCGUGUGGGGCUCAGGUGUGAGCGUGGCCCUGGGGCUGCCUGGCUGUGAGGGCGAGAUGCUGCUGUAGCUGAUGGCUGCGGGCCGCGUUAUGGUAACAGGUGCUGAUUCUGUGCUUGAUUUCACCCUUGUAUGUGGUGAUAAAUCCGUUGGAGCCCCGAGUUAAAACUGAAAGGAGAAUUAGCACUACAGAGACCAAAUCAAAUUUGCUCACAGGUCUGCUUUGUUCCUUACCCUAUCCAUGGAUUAGAAACAAAAUCAGGUUGCUCUGCCCAGGCAAAGAUCUGUCCAAUGAUUUUUACUCCAGUUGGAAACACGUGGCUGGUAGCAGUGGCUACCCACCAGAGCAGGACGGUUGUAUAAAUGUUUUUAUUUACGAUAAGUGAUCUUUGCAUACUUCUGGAUUAGACUGUGGAUUCCCCCUCUGGGCAAUUCUUGUAAACUAUACUCCUGUUUUGAAUGUUAAACUUGUGUUUCUAAAGUUUAAUUUUGAAAUGUUGGGAUUGUUCAGUUUAUGUAUUUGAACUACAAUAAACCAACUCCUUUUUUAUAUGGAUUGUACAGGCCUAAUGCCAGUUUUUGUUGGGUUUUGUUGGAGUUGUGAAUUCAAGAGCAGAGCAAAGAACUGAAGUCCUAUUGCCUAAAAUGUUGGCUGUGUUUUGCCAAACUGUGUGAUACUGUACAGCAUCAAAUUAAAUUUCAUAAACAUUCAGAUCAGCAUCUGUGCAAUUCGGUGCCAAACAGAAUUAUUUUCCAGUUCAGUUCUUCAGGCUGUGGCGUUUCUUCCUUUGCCUGCACAUGUGGUGUGGGUCUGUCUCUCUGGGCCAAGGAGUGGUAGAUUAAGGUCAUGCCAUUAAUAUGAAGGUAAAUGAGCGCCUGUUUGUAUAACAUUGCCUUUGCAGUAUUAUCCAUGCCCUGCAGCUUCUAAUUAGGUGCCUCUGUUUAAAUUCAUCACCAGCAGCAGCUGAGAAUUAGCACUUGGGCUGUGGAGGAAGUAGCUCAGUGUCGCGUGUUACCAGUAAUGAAUCCUGUCCCCGUGGGGGCGCAGGCCGUGCAGCUCUGUGCAGCGUUGGGUUUGGUUUCAUUGUGAAACCAAUUCCACUACCAGCAGAGAUUGCAGCUGAAGGAGAAGCCAGCACCUGUUCCUGUGUUGUUGACUCCUUCACCACUGCCUCGGUUCUGACGGCCGCUGCUGAACGCGUUGCUGCCCUCUGCAGCACCCUGCUGGGCAGCCUGGGGCCAGAACCAAUGCUGAAGGACUCAGCGCUGCAAACCUGGCUGGGAGCUGCCAGUGCCCCCCAGACACGGGGAUGGUGCCCUGCACUGCAGUGCCUGGGCUCGGGGCUGCCCGGCUCUUGUGCCCCCCUGCUCUCAGGGCUUCCCUGCACCCCCCCAGCGUGGCCCCAGCUGCAGCCACCUGGAAAGCACAACAAUCAGCAGCUCCACACAGGCACAUUUGGAACAACUUUACUUCUGGUACCAGAGUGCAGGCUUUCUGUACAAGAACAAAAAAAAAAAAGAACAUUUAAAAAAAAAAGUUACUUUAUCUUGGCUCUUUUUUUUAACCAUUUAAAAAAAAGGUACUCCUGGAAGCCACCUCUUGUAGUAAAUGUGUGAGGCAGUGCACGUCCCCCCUACUCAUCCCUUUGGGAUGGCGAAUGCCCCCUGCUCCUGCCCCACAGAUCCAGGCAGGGCCUCCCCAGGCUCCUCUUUAGGGGCUGAGGGCCGGAGGCACCACAGGAGCUGCAGGGCAUCCGAAGCACGCAGUACAGGAGGGGCGGUGGGCAGGGAGCACUUUGCCCUUAGAGCAGGGUGGAAGCAGGUGAGGUGAGGUGGAUGCAGCACAGCUGCACAGCAGGGCCACCCUCCUGGGGACACUGCUGAGGUGGUGCUGUUGAGUGCUGUACUGCCUUCAUUUGUUCACUGGGUCUUGCAGGAGCGGUUUCCAGACUGAAAAUUAUUUUUUUAAUUCAACAUUUGCUCAAGUAAAAAAAGGAUCUCAACAAUCUUAACAGUAGAAAGGGGGAGCCUGGCCAUGCACAGAGGAAGAGUUACUGAUUUUAUUAUUAUUAUUAUAAUCUAGGACCGUGGGCAGCCCAUGGAGGAGCUGAGAGCAGUGUUGGGCUGGAUUCUCUUUUAGAAUGUCAUAAAUUAGCAACUUACACUUUUUCUUUAAAAAAAAACCAAAAAGAAUAAAUAAAUAAAUUAAAAAGACAAAGAGUCUGAAGGGCAGGUGUACAGCAACAGGACAAUAACAAUGACCACAGUGCAGAAAAAGAAAAAAAAAUUAAAGCCCAGGUUCAGUUUGGUUUGCAAUCAGUGUGUUUUGGAAGCAUCAUUUAUAAAGGUAUUUCAUAUACCCAAAAGGCACCACAGUAUCGACAAAGCCAAAUCCUGGGGAGUUUCCUGGGAGCUCCGGGCGCAACAAUUCCAUUCUGUGUUCGGUUUUGCUGUUGGUGAGAAGAGGAAAUGAUGACGGCAAAAUGACAGAUGUGAAAAAUGGGGACAGGGCUCUGCUAUCCUGAACCAAUAGCUGGGAUAUUUAGGAUUAAGCUUUAAAGAAUCGGCAUGGAUUACAGAAGCCCAGCAGCCCGCACUGCGGUGCACACAGCCGCCCCGUCUGCUCCCCCUGCAGCUGAUGGCGCCCCGCGCUGCCGCCUGGCCACCCGUCAGCCACCUUCACAGCAAUGCCUCGGGGCGCUGGGACAGCAGGAGCUGAAGCCCCCCCAGCUGCUCCGCGCCGAGUCCGAGCUCCCAGCACUAAAUGGAAACCUGGGAGCUGCUCAGCCCCGGCCCCACGGCAGCUGGUCCGCCUGCCCCUGCACACUGCCAUUCCCAGAGCAGCAAUUUAACAGAGGAAUAGGAAAGAAAGGGAAAAAAAAAAAAAAAAAAAAGAAAAGAAA